AUGCAGACCCUGGCGGAGGGGGGCUACACGUUGGCGGUGGUGGCCGAACCAGGCCGUGUCCCGCCCAACCACCCGAGUUGGUUGGACGGGCGUAGAGAGAAGACUGUCGCCAUGUACUGGCGGUCGUGGCAGGGCGCGCCCAUCACGACUGCCCUGGAAAGAGAUGACAGACAUGUCGUCGUGCAAUGGGGGCCCAUCGCGGUCGUGGGGGUCUACCUGAGACCCACCAAGAGCCUCGUCCACUUUGAGGGCUGGGUAUCGGACGUCGAGCAAGCUGUUCGACGCUCGAGUCCGAAGCCGGUCCUUGUCGCCGGGGACAUCAAUGCCUGGAGUACGGCUUGGGGUUGCCGGCGAACUAAUAGCAAGGGCGAGGCCUUGGAAAGAUGGGCGGCGGCGCUCGGCCUGGUCUUGGUCAACCAGGGCCGGGUUUCCACCUGCGUGCGGCGGCAGGGGAGGUCCAUUAUAGACCUCACCUGGGCUACCCCCUCCGCCGCGCGCCUAAUCACCGGGUGGAGGGUGAUGCGGGACACCGAAACCUUAUCGGAUCACCGGUACAUAUCGGUGGAGUUCGGUGUUCUCGCGUCACUCGGAUGCCGCCGAGAGACGCGACCGCGGUGGGCCCUCAAAAGGCUUCGCGAGGACGCCCUGAUGGCCUCCAUCGAGGCCGCCUGCUGGGUCCGGGGGACCUUUCCCGAGACCCACGAGACGGACCCCCUGCAAGAGGCCGAGUGGAUCGGGGCAACGUUAACAGCAGCGUGUAACGCUGCGAUGCCCCGCUCCAAGACUCGGCCUCGGCGGGCCGUCUACUGGUGGACGGAUGAAAUCGCCGACUUGCGUCGACGAGCCGUCCACCAGUGGAGGAGACUGGCCCGCUGCAGGCGCAGGGGCGAGCAGGUGGCCGAGGAGAACGAGGGCUACCUUGCGGCAAAGGUGGCCCUCAGGAAGGCCAUUAAAGUGGCGAAAGGCUGGGCGUGGACGGAGUUCCUCAACUCCCUUCAAGAAGAUCCGUGGGGGCGCCCUUACAAAAUGACCCUCUUCCCCGACGAUACCGGGGAGGACGGGGGACCACUCUUACAGUCGAGGGAAGAUUCCCCUGAUUGGGACGACUCCCUUGAUGUCCAGCCGGAGGAACUCCGGAAGGCCGUCAGGAAGGGCCUCAGGGGCCACACGGCCCCGGGUCCUGACGGCCUUCACAAGAAGGUCCACGCCCAUGGGCGUCCUCGCGGAGCACUAUGCACGCACAUAUAG